GCGGACGCCGACGAGGAGCCGCAGGUGGACGCCACCAGCUGGUCGCCAUCGCCUCGCGCCGGCGCGGGCGGCCGAGCCAUGCCCGCGCGAGGCGGCGCGGGGCGCCACGGGCAGGUGCGACGGAGCUCCUGGCGCCACCCCGACGGAGCUCCGCCGCACAGCGAGCCGCCCCUACCAGGAGGAGGCGGCGGCCCGGGGGGGCGGCCGCCCGACGCGCCGUGGGCACCAGAGGAGACGGAGGAGGAGGGGCCGUGGAGCCCCGCCCAGGCGCGACGGAGCUCCUGGCGCCACCGCGGCAGAGCUCCGCCGAGCAACGAGCCGCCCCUGCCUGGAGGAGCCCGCGGUCCGCGGGUGGUGCCCUCCGCCUCGCCCCGCCCGACCAAGCGUCGUUCCGCCUCUGCCGCGUGGGCGUCGCUGGUGCAGCCCGGCCCGCCCGACGAGCCGUGGGCGCCGGCCGAGGAGACGGAGGAGGACGAGCUGGGCCACGCGAUCGGCAGAGAGGAUCGGCGCGGCGCGGGCCCGGCCCGCCUCCGCGGCCUGGGUGCGCAGGCCGGGGUCCUGCAGGCUGAGAACGUGGCCCUCCAGCAGGAUGCGAGGCGGCACCCCGUGGAGCUGAGCGCCGCCAGGACGCCCUCUCCGAGGCGCAGCGCCAGGAGCGGCCUCGGGACGGCCUCCCCACGGGUGGCGCCCUGGACGGACGGCGCCCUGGAGGAGGAGCUGCUGCGACUGGAGGGCCGCAUGGACGCUUUCGAGGAGCAGCUGGCUGGCGGUGCCCUGGGCACUGCUCGCCAGGCGCGCCACGCCGGAGUGCAGGAGCAGCUGAGCGGCAGUGCCCUGGGCACUCGCCACCAGGCGCGCCACGCUGACCUGCGGCAGGAGGGGCUCCCGCCGACGGCCCGGCGGCGGCGGCGGCCGUGGCCGCCGCCGCCACCUUGGGGCGCGCCCGGGCCCGCGCCCGAGCCCCCCUGGGCGCCGCCGGAGCAGGACAGCGCCUUCUUCUCCGAGCUGGAGGGCAGCCCGAUGCCAACGCCAGAGCAGCUCGCGCGGGAGCGCCAGUACCAGCACCAGCGGAGCUUCAAGGAGGUCGAGGUCGACGAGGUGACAGUUGCCUCCCUGGUUCUGGUGGACGUGGGCGCCUCAGACCAAGACAGCUACUCGAGGUUCGACGGCAUGGCCUCCUCCUGCACGACCUUCACCCUGCCCACCAACGUGUCAGGCAAGAGUGGCAAGAGUCUCCCGAGCAACGGCUCCAGGGCUGUCUCGUGGCAGAAGAGGCGCUCUCUGAUGAUGAUGCACUCCGUGUCGUUGGACAGCACUCGCUCAUCCCAACUGCCCUGCAAAGUCGACAAAGCGAAGGUCGCGGCCUUCCAGGCGUCACUCCGGCUCGCGGGCCUGAACACCAGUCAGUGGGGCCAGAACGGCUCGAACACAGUCGAGCACCUUUACUGGGAGGCCUACCACCAGCAGGGCUGCCUCCUCACGGGCCUCAAGGUCAUGGGGAAGCUCAAGCGCAUCACGCACCUCGUGAAGAUCAGGUUAUUCGCCAACAUCAUGGGCGAGGAGAGCGAGCUCUUCACGAGGCUGCAGCUCCUUCACGACGGCCGGUGCAAGGAGAGGGAGCAGGUGCUCGUCCGUCGGCUAAGGUGGACGAGCGUCGACCUGGACUGCGAGGACAAGGUGGACGAGAGCUUCUACGCCCCUGACUGCCCCCACACCGAGGCCUGGCGCGAGGGCGUCGAGAACGCCCUGGCCGAGCGGCUCGGGCUGCCGGCGAGCUGGCAGCGGGAGCAUCUGCGCGAGGAGGUUGGCGCCGUGAGCACCUUCGAGGUGGAGGACGACGUGCGCAGCGGGACGUACCCAGGCCUGCCCACCAUGUUCUGCAUCCACACCACCACCCUCCGCGUGGUCGACGUCGAGAGCCCGGCCGUGCAGCGCCUCGGCCUGCCGACGGGGCAGGAGUUCGCCACCACCGAGGGGCAGUUCACCUUCGGGCGGCAGGACGAGGAGGGCCCGCGGAUCGGCUCGCAGCUGAACAUCUGGACCUGGAGGCGGCAGAGGACGCCCGUCGGCACGACGGCGUCGGCUGGCCCGCAGGAGGCCGGAGAGCCGGACUUGGCGCCCAAGGAGACGAACAGGGCAAGCAGCUUCAACUCCCUGGAGGCGCGCCUCAGCGCCGUGGUCCCACUCCCGAUGACCCGCUGCGCGCGCGAGGGCCCGUCGCGGCCGUGCCCCCCGGGCAGCUCACCCAACGCCGCCUUGUGGAGGAUUCGCGAGGGCAACGGUCAACGGACUGGGGCAGGGUCUCCUGCAUCACGAAGCGGAUCACGGACCCCGACUACUCGCUGA